AAGGUUGUUGGUAUAUGGAUCAUAAAGAGGCACACCUAUGGAGAUUCCUCCCAGACCCUCCCUGUCAAACGUCACACCCUGCUGCUGCAGCAACUGGAAAAAUGGCGACCAGUAUGCUGCGGCUGCCCCUGCGACUUUCUACGAAAAACAUGGGGCUAAUGAGCCGAAACACCGGCUCAAAAACAUCAUACAUAUCCAGGACAACGCAGAGUCGGACUGCAGUAUCAACGCCUUCGGGGGCAAUCCUGCCGAAACCGGAUAAAGUGAGUUUUAUUCUGCCCUGUAAUCGAGAGAUAACCGAUAAGAAAUACGCCUGACAGCGGAGGCGGGACCUAUCAGUUGAUUGACGCAUAAUGCUGCGAAUGGAAUGGGUGAAUACGCGCUGGGUUAGCCGGGCCAGCCAAUAAGCGUGUGUUUACGCUUGAGUACGGCUACUUUCAGGAAGUAACUCUACCUUAAAAAAAAAUUGUGUUUAUUACCUCAAACACCCAAUUUGUAAAAGCCUAUUGAAUGAUUUUUGACAUGUUGGUAUCUCCAAAUUGUACAUUUGUUUGGUACUAAACAACAAGUCCUACCAAUCACGGAGAACGUGGUCAUUGUUUUGUUAAGGAAGGUCAGGGAAAUAUGAACGAAAGGCCCACCGUGUUAACAGGACUGUGGGACACUGAAACACACACUUCUGGAUAUUCAGUUACCCGAAAGACCCCAAAGUACCUUAUCUGAUCAGUUUAGGCCUUGGGAGAUCCUAAAUUCCUGGAACACGUUUAGAUAUAACUAAUAAAAUGUGGUUAUGUCCUGCCCCCAUAGACAUAUACUAUAUACAUACUGUAUAUACAACAUACAGUCUAUGCUUGUCCUUCUUAAUUUACCCUUCUCACCAGAGAACCUCAAUGGAAUCCGACUUUUAUAAAUGCUUUUCUACAAAGAUUUACCGAUAAAAAGACACUGUGAAAUUAGAUUAACUUCAAACACAUGCGAUUAAGUACUUAGACUUUGAAAUUGUUUGCCAUGUUUGGUUUUGUAACACAGUAUCUCAGUGUCCUCAAGAAUCACUGUGUUGUGACUGCCUGAUAUGAUCUCCUGGCAUUUUAGGCACGAACCCCUGGAGGCAAAGCUUCUUUUCCCCAACUCUGCUGUAUUAACUUUGGAGAUUAGGUUUUUGUAUUUAGCUUCUAGAGAAACAGCUGCCUAUAAUCACAAAUCUGGACCAAAAUAUCCAAGGUCAAACUGAUGUGGGGAUUAAAAUAGUUGUCAGGAGUAGAAUAGAUAUGUUUAACUUUCCUUCUCUUCCCCAGACACCCUUCGGUCUUACCCGCAUGACAAUGGUGGUGGUGCCUUUCCUGUAUGUGGGAACUCUGAUAAGCAAGAAUUUUGCUGCUCUCCUGGAGGAGCACGACAUUUUUGUCCCAGAGGAUGACGAUGACGAUGACUGAGGCAAAUGCUCAAGGUAAAGUGUACCUCACUUACUCUGUAUACACUGGUGAUUGGACUGUUUAUGUCUUAUUGAGUCAAAGUAUGGCAUGUCUCUUUAGGUCAAAACUGGUCACAAAAGUAAAUUGAUGCAAUUUUUUGUUUUAUUGACUUUACAGGGUGCUUUGCAAUAUGGACUGAAAGCAUACCAGCCAGCGAAAUGAAGACAGGGAAGGUUGGGCAAUACACAUCCAACCCCAUCUUCUACCUCUACAUUUUGCUAUUUAUGUUUACUGUGAUUCCAUUUUUUUUAAGAUCAUAUCAUGUGAGGCACUUCAAAUGACUAAGUCUGCCGUCACUCUUGUUUGCAUGUUUGUGUCUGUCAACUGAAUAAACUGAGUUGAUUACACACGGAUAAAGAUUUGUUGUUAUUUAAUGAUAACAAUCUGCAUGGUCUUUUCAAAGAACACAGUGGUCUCUGUUACACUUAUCCAAGCUCUUUUUAAUGACAUCCGCUCAUAGCAGCACACAUUUUUAAUGUACCAUAAUGAUGCUUGUUCGUGUUUUGUCAAGAUCUUCUAUUUGCUAGCAGUUUUUGCCCCGAAGGACAAGUUUUUCGACAGUUGCCCUGGUUGAUCAGGUGUUUCUGGUUCCUUCCUGAAGUACAGCAUUGGCCAGUCUCAAGUGUUCAUCGAGGGAGCCCGUCUCCAACCUGCUGCGACCCUUUAAUUCACUCAACUCCACAUAGGCCGCCUUACAUCGCUCACAAGCUGCGUCUCUCUCCUAGAGAAAAGUUUAGAAAAAAUAUGGAAUACAAUUUAACCGUGUAGAUCAGUGUUGUGCAUGAGUGUACAAGUGUUACUAAUUGUCAUAUCAAAAACACACCUUAGUAAGAGACUGAACUUCAUUUUGUAGACAGGAGAUUUCUUUUUUGAGAUACUGGACCUCAUUAUCCUUUGCUCUGAGUAAUACCUGAAAGACAAAUAGAGAAAAUAUACUGUUUCUAUUGUAUACAGAUGGUGAGUCACUUUUUGUGAUAGCAGGAACAUAUUUACUGUUUUCGAGUGCAGGCCUACUUAGGUAUCUCGCCUACUUAGGUAUCUGUACAUAAAUUGAGAGUUUUUAAACUUCAUAUGUUUUCUGUUUGAAAAAAAAAUUAAUCAUAAAAUGCUUCUUACUAUUUAUCAUUGCAUUGAGUAAAAUAAAAAAAGCAUAAUGGGUAUGAUGA